UCUUUUCCCCCCAAUUCCUUUCUCCCUUACCCUGAUUCCCUUUUAUUUUUCCCCCCAAUUUCCCCAAAUCGGCAGUCCUUUUAUUUUUCCCAAACCAUUUCUCCCCUACCUCGAUUCCCUUUAUUUUUGAAUUUGCAACAAUAUGGGAAGUCAUCCAAGCUAUCACUCAAUGCUUUUGAAUUUGUUGUUUUUAGGGAAAAAGUUCAAUGCUUUUUUAAUAUUUUCAUAACUUUAAAACCCGCCAAAAGCAAAUCUAGCCAUUGCUGUAAGUUUAACCUCGUAUCAUUCCACUCUGGAACAUGCGUCUCUCUGCCACCAUUAACUCAUUCAAGUCCUCCAAUCUCAUCUCAUGGAAAACGACAGGUAAGCUUCAACAAACCCUAACGGGAUGCAUCGAACUGUCGGGAAAAACACGUCAGUCGGGGAAGGUUUCGAAGGUAAAGAUAUGGCCGGGAUUCACCAGCCAAGGAAGGUACUUUGAGUUUCACUCAAAUUUGAUUCCUGCAUCCAUCGAUUUUGUUCGAGAAUCGCUGUUGUGUACCUCUCUUUGCAAAGACGGAUACAAGAUUCGGACCGUCGAGCAUUUGCUUUCGGCUUUGGAAGCUAAAGGCAUCGACAAUUGUAGAAUUCAGAUUCAAAGUCUCGAUUCUGAGGAUACUGAGGUCGAGGGGCUUUGGGAUGUAGAAAAUGACAAUGAUGGCCAACAAGAAGGCUGCGUUUUGCGGGUUAUAUCCCAAUUUUAGUCAUUCUAUCUAAAAUGUUCUUUGCAGCGAUUGGGUUUAAUGUAGAGGUUGUACAAUACAACAACAUCAAGUUUCAAGUAUGGGAUUUAGGUAAGUUAACGUUAAUAAAUCUGAAAUAGCAGCUGAUGUAGUUUAUACAAAUGGAGUUCAAUUUAAUUUAUCGAAUCAUUGAAAUUUGCCUUAAUUCUUUUACUUAAAAUUGAAUCAUUUAAUUGGUUUAAUUUAUUUAACACGUUAACUUAUGUGGUGUGUCUUCUAACUAAUGGAGAUGCAACCUCUUAAGUUACUUUGCUUCCUCUAUUUAUUUAAUUCUGAUAUGCGGAUAUCUUGUGGGUUUUUCUGGCUGCUCUUUAGCUGGACAUACAUACAAUCAGUAUAUGUCCAGCUGCUCUUUAGCUGGUUACAUAAUUUUUUAUUCAGUAUAUGUCAUAUUCAUGUUAGGACCUGUUUUGAUGUUUAUUUUACAGCAGUAGGCGACUGUUUAAAGGUAAAAUUUUAAUUUACCCCUGUUCAAGAAAAUUAUGUUAGCUAAAACAAUAAGCUCGUUGAUUUUCUGACUUGCUUAAUAUAGAUUAGUUGUUUCAUGUUUGGAAACUUUUGAUGCUCUUGGUCUUAUGUCCUGCAGUCAUUGACAAAAUUUGGUUCUCAUUCUUCACUUAACAAGUCCAGUGGCACAUACAUAUGUAAACUAGGAAAUUGAAACAAGAAAGAAACGCAAAGCCAAAGCACAUUGAUACUCUUGAAUGAUAGUUAUAAAUGAAUAAUAUGCCUGACUUGGCAUUUAUAAAACACACAUGCUUGAAGGAUAGAACAGAAAUUGCUGUUAGAAUUGGAUUGUCAGCUUUAAGUGUCUACGACGUGUUUGAUAUUGGUUUCAUUGGUUUCUCUGCUGAUAUCAAUUUCAUUUGUAAAAGCUUCCUGAAAAUUAAGCAUGUGCUUUUUUGAAGGAAUUUGUAUUUUUAAAAUUUCAUAAUUCUAUUUUGUAAACCAUGGUAAUAAACUUUAAGGUUCAUGGAUUUAGAUAUAUAUAUAGAGAGAGAGAGAGAGAAGUGCAAUAGGGACUGUAAUUCUUUCUUAAUUAUUAGCUACUAUUUGAGACCAUCCAAGGUUAAGCUUAUUCCAUGUUUCUUAUCUUGUGCAUUCUUUUUUGUGUUUUUUUCAUUGAGGGUUUCAUAGGGUCUUUAGUAGUUUUUCUCUUCUUCAUGUUUGAUUGUUUAUCAUCAACCGAAUUGACAAAAAUGCAAAGAAAAAGAAGCAUGUAUUUUGUAUAUUUAACUUAUUCACAUUCUUUCAUGUGCUUCAUAUAACAUUUAUGUUAUUCAUAUUUAAAAUCACUGAAGGACAUGUUCAGUCUCUUUUUAAAAUAAAAAAAAUCACUUCUCUUAACAUUCGUGUAUUAUGUUCU